AUGCACAAGGACCCACGCGAACUCCACCACCACCACCCGAUCUCCGCUUCGCGAGGGCGAUCCACCAAUUUCUCAGGCCACGCCCUCCAUUUAUGAUCCCCCUGCUCGCUCCUCCCUUCACUCUCCUCCCGCCCCCUCAGCUCAAGCAACACGUCACGCAGCAUCGAUCGAUCGCAGGACAGAAGAUGGGCGAGGUUUCGCCGGAGAUGGAGCAGGUCUUCAAGCGCUUCGACACCAACGGCGACGGCAAGAUCUCGCUGGCGGAGCUCGCCGAGGUCCUCCGCACGCUGGGCUCUACCUCCGCCGACGACGUGAAGCGCACCAUGGCCGAGAUCGACACCGACGGCGACGGCAACAUCGACUUCAAGGAGUUCGGCGCCUUCUGCCGCGCCAACCCUGGCCUCAUGAAGGACGUGGCCAAGGUCUUCCUUUGAGUUUUUGCCUUCACAUUCCUUUUCUUCCUCCCUCCUCCUCCUCGAUCGUCGUCGUCGUCGUCGUUGGAUCCCUUCGAAUCGUUGUGUGCCUGUGGAAAUGUGUUAUGGAUCCUAUCAGCUCAAAGUAAUCGUCGUCACGAGUGUGAAUCGAUAUAUCUACUGCAUGAAGACACCGAUUUUGUUUG